CCGCUGGCGCGUGGCGUGACGUCACGCCGCCCCCGCCGCGACGCGUGACGUCACCGUGGCGGCGGGCGGCGGCCCCGCCAUGAGCCUGGCGGAGGGCCGCGCCCCGCGGCGCACGGCCGGCAACCGGCUGUCGGGGCUGCUGGAGGCCGAGGAGGAGGACGAGUUCUACCAGACCACGUACGGCGGCUUCACCGAGGAGUCGGGCGACGACGAGUACCGGGGCGACCAGUCGGACAGCGACGAUGAGGUGGACUCCGACUUCGACAUCGACGAGGGCGAGGAGCCGACCAGCGACCAGGACGAGAGCGAGCCCAAGCGGCGCCGCCGCAUCGUCACCAAGGCCUACAGGGAGCCCCUCAAGAGCCUUCGACCCAAGAAGGCGGAUGCCCCCAGCAGCAGCUCCCAAAAGGCUCGAGAGGUGAAAUCAGCCCCCUUGGAGCUCCAGGAUGAAGUGGGAGACAGCCGGAAGCACAUGCGGCAGUCGACAACGGAGCACACGCGCCAGACCUUCCUGCGCAUCCAGGAGCGUCAGGUGCAGUCCAAGCGCAAGAAGGGUGGCCCCAACUACGACCGCCCCCUGACGCAGGAGGAGCUGCUGGAAGAGGCCAAGAUCACGGAGGAGAUCAACCUCCGCUCCCUGGAGAACUACGAGCGUCUGGAGGCCGACAAAAAGAAGCAGGUCCAGAAAAGGAAGUGUGUGGGGCCUGUCAUCCGGUACUGGUCUGUCACCAUGCCCCUCAUCACAGAGCUGGGCAAGGAGGAGAACGUGGAUGUGGAGGGGUUGGACCAAGACCUGCAGCAGGCAGAAGCGGCCCCAGCUGUGGCUCCAGCCUCUGCUGGGAAGUGUUCCCGCACCUUCAUCUCCUUCACCGACGACGAGACCUUCGAGCGCUUCUUCCCCAAAGCGAAGCCGCCGCGGCUGCCGGUGAGGGAGAUCUGCCCUGUCACCCACAAGCCGGCUGUCUACCGCGACCCCAUCACCGACAUCCCCUAUUCCAACAUCCGCGCUUUCAAAAUCAUCCGCGAGGCCUACAAGAAGUACAUCACGGCGCACGGGCUGCCCAGCGCCGCUGCCUCUGCUGCCCUGGGGGCCGCCCCCCCCGGCCCCGACCCUGGUGUCCGCGCCACCCGCCAGAAGAUCAUCAUCAAGCAGAGCGUCCCCGCCACCUGAGGGCCUGCGGCCGCACACAGACGGCUCUGGAUCGUUCUUUGCCGUGCUCCAGCUCACGUGGGCGAUGGUUUGUUGCUCUAUUUAUCGACUUUAUACUUUUUUUUAAUAAAAAAGAAAAAUCCUAGUGACAAGCGUACAACAAA